UUUCUCUAACUAGUAAACUCUCUCACUCCGUGCCACUCACUUUUCUCAGUGCUCUCUCUCACUCAAGAGGAAAUGGCGCCUCUUUCCCUGUCUUCAUCUGCUCUCGGAGCUUUCACUCCCUACAGCAGCAGCACGAAGAACUUUCUCUUUGCAGGAGCUCCGUGUCACCAGCCCAAGCUCUUCUUCCAUGUCGCUGAUCAACGCUCUAAUAAUCCCCUCAGAUUUUGUGUCGAUCGUAAGGGGAUGAUGGUGGCGAAGGAGAAGAAGAGGAGGGGAUUCGGUGCGGUUUGCUACGCUGGGCCUCUCGCUGCUCGUAACCUCCAGUGGAUCUCCAUCGUUUCUUCCGCGGUGUUAAUGGUUGCCAAGGGAACUGCUGUUCAGAAAUCCUUUCUUGUUCCCUUAUUUGCUCUACAAGCUCCUGCAAGUGUCAUCUCAUUCAUUAAGGGUGAAUAUGGUGUUUGGAUUGCAUUCUUGGCACUUCUCGUACGUCUCUUCUUCUUCAUUCCUGGUGAACUUGAGUUGCCAUUUGUGGCAUUAGUGUUGGUGCUUGUAGCUCCUUAUCAAGCCUUGAACCUACGGGGAACUCAGGCAGGUGCUAUUAUUUCCUUGUUGAUUGCUGGAUAUAUGGCUUUCCAGCAUUUCUCACGAGCAGGCAGCUUGCAGAAAGCCUUUGACCAAGGUUCAAUUGUUGCCACCUUAGCCAUCAUUUUCAUCACUACUGCAUCAGGCUUGCUUCUGAUUUGAAUUUCGCGUAAAAUCAUAAAUGGAUGUGGCCUUUAAUCAUCUGUAAAUUAUUGUCCUAGUUUUUUUUUUUUGUUUUUUUGGGGUGGGGGGAGGGGGUGGUAGAAUAACAGAACAAUCGAAGUUAAUGGAACUUUCUUUCUCUUAUUAGAUAUAUUUAUCUGUAAUGAGCACAAUAAAUAUGCUGAAUGUGUAGUAGCAUUCUUCAAAUGAUGAAGUAUUUUUUACUA